AUUUUGGUGAGUGGAGUGAAUUCCUAUAUAAUCUCUCCCCAUUUCAAAUCAUUCACCUAUUGUGCUUUCUCUAACCCUCACUCCUUCCACUAAUGGAAACUGGUGCUGGCGGUAGCCAAGCCCAACGAAGCGGUCACACCGCAAGAGGAAUUCCGCCACCGCAACCGCCUGAGGAACCGAAUCUGCGGCCAGAAUGCCGAGGACCAAGUGGGACUGAGCCGGACCUCAUUCUGCAACCUGAAUGGCGCCGUCGAAGACCAAGCGCUCCUCCUUCCGAACCUUCCAACCGUGGCAGCGAAGAGGAAAUUCUUCUUCAACCAGAAUGGAGGCGCUCGAAGCCAAGCGCGAGUGCCAGUGCUAGUGCGAGUACUAGUGUUUGGGAACCCGAAUGGAGACGAUCGAGAACAAGUUCAACGGCAUUUCCGUGGGACCAGAAUUACAGUGUUCGCAAACCUAGUGCGUCCAGUGCCGUUGAAAGACGCGGUGACCCUAACGACCUUUGGCGAGCUGCUCUGGCUACAGAUUCCGUUGUUCCCAAGCUGGAAAAACUACUAAUAUCAAAACAGUUACCUACAUCAACUUGUACUCAUGAUAAAAGGGAUAGAAUAUCACCUAUUCAGAGACCUGAUAAUGGUGGCACGAUAGCAAUUCUAACUAGCAGACUCCGUGUCAACCAUUUCCCUGUUAAGUUUGAUCCAGAGCGUACCAUAAUGCAUUAUAGUGUUGGUGUCAAGCCUAAGGUUUCUUCAAAAUUUGGUCAGCCUCAGAAAUUAUCAAAGUCUGAGCUAUCCAUGAUCCGAGAGAAACUGUUUUCUGACGAUCCUGAGAGGUUGCCCUUGGAGAUGACUGCACAUGACGGUGCAAAAAAUAUUUAUAGUGCAGUACAAUUACCAGAAGAGACCUAUACUGUGGACAUAUCUGAUGGAGAGGACGAAAAGAUCAUUUCGUAUAGUGUUACAUUAACUCUUGUUAAUAAACUCAGGCUUUGCAAGCUAAUGGACUAUCUCAGUGGACAUAACCUCUCCAAUCCUAGGGAUAUUUUACAAGGUUUGGAUGUGGUUGUGAAAGAGAAUCCUGCUAGACGAACUGUUUCUGCAGGAGGACGCUAUUAUCCCACAAAUCCUCCUGUAGUAAUGAGGGAUCUUCACCAUGGGAUAAUGGCUGUUGGGGGAUUUCAGCAUAGUUUAAAGCCUACAGCUCAGGGUCUGUCCUUAUGUGUAGACUACUCAGUUUUGGCUUUUCGGAAGGGAAUGCCAGUCUUGGAUUUCUUGCAUGAGUGUAUUGAUAACUUUAAAGUGGAUGAAUUCGAAAAAUUUAGGAAAUGUGUUGAGGACGCACUUGUUGGAUUGAAAGUCAGUGUGACUCAUCGUAAAAGCAAUCGGAAAUACAUUAUUUCAAGAUUAACUCCUAUGAUUACAAGGUAUGUCACUUUUCCCAUUGACAAUACCGGUGGAUGGAAUCGCCCAAAGGAUGUUAGUCUUCUUUCCUUUUUUAAAGACAAAUAUGGCAAGGAAAUUAUGUACAAAGAUAUUCCUUGUCUAGAUUUAGGUAAAGACAAGAAGAACUAUGUACCCAUGGAAUUCUGUGUUCUAGUUGAGGGCCAAAGAUAUCCCAAAGAACGUCUGGGUAGUAUUUCUGCAAAUACAUUGAAAACAAUGUCACUAGCUCACCCAAAUGAGAGGGAGUGUGCAAUACAUAAGAUGGUGCAGUCUAGUGAUGGACCUUGCAGGGGUGGUUUUACUCAAAAUUUUGGAAUGAGUGUCAACACAACUAUGACAACUAUUGUAGGACGUGUACUUGGCCCUCCAGAAUUAAAGUUAGGUGAUCCAAAUGGAGAGACCAUUAAAUUAACAGUGGAUCUGGAGAAAUGUCACUGGAAUCUUGCUGGAAGAUCAAUGGUGGAAGGUAAAUCAGUUGAGCAUUGGGGCAUUAUUGAUUUCACUAGUCUUGGGCCAUUUAGGUACAAAUUAAGAGGCAAGGAUUUCAUUCAAAAGCUUAUAGGAAAAUACAAGAAAUUGGGUAUAUACAUGCAGGAGCCCGUUUGGUAUGAAGAAUCUUCAAUGAAGAUACUUGCGAGUUAUGAUUUGCUAUCUGAGUUACUUGAGAAAAUUAACAACAUUUGUAAAUAUAACCAAGUACACCUGCAAUUUCUUAUGUGUGUAAUGGCUAAAAAAAGUUCCGGUUACAAGUACCUCAAAUGGAUUUCUGAGACCAAACUUGGGAUAGUAACACAAUGCUGCUUGUCUAACGGUGCUAAUGAAGCAGAGGACAAAUUUUAUACCAAUCUGGCUCUCAAGAUCAAUGCCAAACUUGGAGGCAGUAACGUGGAGCUCAGUAAUGGGCUCCCUUACUUUGUGGGUGAAGGACAUGUGAUGUUUUUAGGGGCUGAUGUAAACCAUCCUGGUUAUCAAGACACCAGGAGUCCAUCAAUUGCUGCUGUGGUCGCUACCGUUAACUGGCCUGCUGCAAAUCGUUAUGCAGCACGUGUUUGCCCACAAUACAAUCGAAGUGAGAAAAUACUGAGCUUUGGCGAUGUUUGCCUUGAGCUUGUUUCAUGCUAUAGGAGUAUGAAUGGAGUUAGACCCGAAAGAAUUGUUAUUUUUCGUGAUGGGGUGAGUGAGUACCAGUUUGACAUGGUUCUUAACGAAGAACUGCUUGAUUUGAAGAGAGCAUUUCAAAGAGUAAACUACUUUCCAACAAUCACUCUUAUUGUGGCACAAAAACGACAUCAAACUCGAUUUUUUCCAGAGGGCUGGAGGGAUGGAUCUUCUAGUGGUAAUAUAUUACCAGGAACAGUUGUGGACACAAAAGUUAUACACCCUUUUGAGUUUGACUUCUACCUUUGUAGUUACUAUGGAAACCUAGGUACAAGCAAGCCUACUCAUUACCAUGUUUUAUGGGACGAGCACAAGUUUACAUCUGAUGAAUUGCAGAAGCUCAUAUACGAGAUGUGCUUCACCUUUGCCAAGUGCACUAAACCUGUAUCUUUAGUUCCUCCUGUUUAUUAUGCUGACCUUGCUGCUUAUAGAGGACGAUUAUACCAUGAAGCAAGGAUUGGGAUGCAAUCUCCAAAGCCAACAAAAGAUGCUUCCUCACUUUCACGAACCACUUCAUUUGAACAGGGAUUUUACGCACUGCAUGCUGACCUACAAAACAUAAUGUUCUUUAUCUAAAGGAUUUCAGGUCCACUCUUCCACAACUUGUGCAAAAACUUUAUACCUUCUCUCUGUUUAUACAUGUAUUGCAUAUUCCGCCUUUUCCGCUCGAAAUAGUCAAGUUUGUGCGCGAAUCUAUACACUCUGUCUUCAAAUCAUAUAUUUUUUUUCCAUUAUACUUUUUUA